GAUAAAGAUGAUUUAGUAAAAACAAUAGUUAAUAGUACCGAAGUUGGAAUAAAGCCCACAAUAGACCGAUUUAAAAUAGAUAUUCCACUCCCAUUAAAACUUAUCGGUAUUUUAGCUGCUUUAACUGGAAUACUUAACAUAUUUAUUGGAUCCUCAUUAAUCCCCAUUACAGUGCCAUUUUCGCUACCCCUUUAUGGUAAUACAUUUAUUGCAGAUCCUUUAGUUUUAUGUGAUAACAAGAAUAUUAGCGAUAACUCAUGCCAAAAUUUAUUCCAAAAUAAAUUUGAUUUUCGGUGGUUUCAGGAAGCUUCUAACAUAAUGAUAAAUGGAUAUUCUGACGAUCUGUCUAGAAGGUGGGGAGGCAAAAGAGGUGUAGUAAAGAAUUUGAGAAUACUGAUGGUAGCAGCUGUGCAUAACGAUUCUAAUUCGAUUUAUCGACUUGUUAAAGCUGCAGAUGAGAGUUACACUAUUCCAGCUUUUGGUAUAAUUACUUUAUGUAAUGGGUCUAUUGAUAAAAAUGAGUUUGAAUACUUAAAAUAUAGUAAUUUAACAAACUUAACUGAAGAAGAAGCACAUGUCAACUUAAUACGUGCUAUGGAAGGGGAAUCAGAGAAAUCAAAGUUAGAAGGCCGAUGGAUAGCAGAAGUCGUUAAACUUGAACUUGAUGAAUAUCGUGGUGAAACAACAAGAAUUACUGUUAAUUUUGUGCAAAUAUUAAAUUUUGCUUCAUUAUGUAUCGGAAAAUCUAUGUGGAAUAACUCUUAUUAUCAGUUAUGUCAACCAAUGGAUAAUCAGCCAUUUGUUUGCUAUACGAACAUUCAUGUUGAAAAUAUAAGUCAUGUAAAAGCUGCAUGCGAUAACGAUAAUCUCUGCGAUUCAGGAGGAUAUUCGGGAGAAUCUGAAUUAAAUUAUUCAAGUCCAAGGCCAGUAUAUAACACGCGCAUACAUGAUAGUCUUGCGAUUUAUGGCGGUCACAUGUUGAUACCUCAAUGUAAAGAUAAUUCGAGUGAAG